CAGUCUCACUCACGGCUGAAACAAGUCCACUCACGGUAACCUCCGGCAUGUGAGGCAUUACUCAACAUUCUCGCUUCCCGUUUGUUUGAACUUGCGAACAAGAAGGGAAAGGGAGUGCAUAUAAAAGAGGCAGAGAGGACCAUGAGAAAUCAGAGCGGCGGUCAGCUCAGAGCAGAAACAGCAGCGGCUGGACUUCACACAGCAAUCAUUUGGGUACAGUUCAUUAUCCUUCUGAGGAGCACAAAUCACCAGUUCGUCAAAGACCUACAGUUUCCGAGAUGGACAGCACCAAGAGCAACGCAACAAACAGUGGACGAAGAGAUCUGUCGGAGCAGAUAAAAGAGGUGACCAAAGACACCCAUGUGCGCGCUGAAAACACCCAGCUAAUGCUGAACUACCAGAAAGGGCAGAUCACUCUGCCGCAGUACAAGCUUCUCCUGUGUUCUCUGUACGAGAUUUACCGAGCUCUGGAAGAUGAGCUGGACAAAAACUCGGGUCACCCAGGCGUGGAGCCCAUCUAUUUCCCCCAGGAGCUGGCCAGACUGGAGCCACUCGAGAGAGACCUGGAGUAUUUCUUUGGCCCACAGUGGAGAAAAAGAGUCACAGUACCUGCAGCAACACUCAGAUACACAGAGAGACUUAGAGAGAUUGGCAGAAGCAAUCCCAACCUCCUGGUGGCUCACGCCUAUACCCGCUAUCUUGGUGACCUGUCAGGAGGUCAGGUUCUAGGAAAAAUUACCCAGAAAACCAUGGGGCUCAGCAACACCGAGGGUGUGGCCUUCUUCUCAUUCCCUGCAGUGACAAGUCCCCAUCGCUUUAAGCAGCUGUACAGGAGCAGGAUGAACAGCAUUGAGCUGACUGAAGAGGAGCGCAGGAGGGUUCUGGAUGAAGCAGUCAGGGCUUUCGAACUCAACAUUGAAGUGUUUGAUGACCUUCAGAAAAUGCUGAGCAUCACAGAAGGGGCAUCUGGUGACGGUGGAAAAGGAAAGGCACCCACAACACCAUUAACCAUAACUAGAUCUGCAGUGGCCCAGUUCACAUUAGGAGUGUGUGCCGCAUUGGUGACGGUUGGCAUGGGAGUGUAUGCUCAUUAAAAAAACUGAACACAGAUCUGAAACCGUUUAGGACAAACUGAUUUUACACUGAGAAAACAUGAUUCUAGUAAGAUACAACUGAAGUACUGUGAUCAUGAAAAUGCAAGACAAGUUUCUUUACGCAAGUGAUGCCAUUCUUUCUAAGCUGUGAACCAUCCUCAAUUAUCUACUGACUUACCCUAAGAUUGUGGCAACUCUGAUCAUUUAAAUCAUUACUAAUAUACCUCUACUACACUAUACGCUGCAGUUCAUGUUUGUGAAGCUCAAUAAAUUAUGUACAUAAAUAUU